AUGGUGAAAUUCCUCAAGCCAAACAAAGCCGUCAUCGUCCUUCAAGGCCGAUACGCAGGGAAGAAGGCCGUCAUCGUGAAGAACUUCGACGAUGGAACUCGCGAACGUGCUUAUGGUCAUGCCUUGGUUGCAGGGAUCAAGAAGUAUCCAAGCAAGGUUAUCAAGAAGGAUUCGGCGAAGAAAACCGCAAAGAAAUCGCGUGUGAAGGCGUUUGUGAAGCUUGUUAACUACCAGCAUCUUAUGCCUACUAGGUAUACUCUGGAUGUUGAUCUGAAGGAGAUUGUUACCAAUGAUGCCCUUUUGAGUAAGGAUAAGAAGGUUACUGCUUUGAAGGAGGCGAAGAAGAGAUUCGAAGAGAGGUUUAAGACUGGGAAGAACAGGUGGUUUUUCACCAAGCUCAGGUUUUGA